GAUUGAGGAGCUCAAACGCUCAGUGGAGCUCGGUAAAGAGGACGCAGACAGAGAGAUGACAGAUGGUGCUCGGGUCUUUGCUGCUCUGAAAGAGUAUGUCGAGAAAGGUGAGGCCAAGCUCACGGAGGCCAUCAGAGAGAAGCAGAGACAAACAGAGCUGCAGGCUGAAGGCUUCAUCAGAAAGAUGGAGCAGGACAUCCGUGAACUGAAGAAGAGGAAGACGGAGGUGGAGCUGCUCUCUGUGCUUCAGCUGGAGGAGCCACUCUCUGAGGAGAUGAAGGAGAAAGUACCCAAGAUGCUCGCCAGGUUCGAGCUGAGGCGGGUCCAGAGCUACGCAGUGGACGUGACGUUUGAUCCAGACACAGCAAAUCCUUACCUCGUCCUGUCUGACGAUGGGAAACAAGUUCAUGAUAGUGACGUGAGGCAGAAGCUUCCAGACAACCCAGAGAGAUUUUCUUACUGCAUCAAUGUUUUAGGAGAGCAGAGUUUCUCUUCUGGCAGAUUUUACUUUGAGGUUCAGGUUAAAGGAAAGACUGAGUGGACUGUGGGAGUGGCCACAGAGUCGACCAACAGGAAGGCUCAAAUCACACUGAGUCCUGGGGACGGUUUCUGGACUGUGAGGCUGAGAGACGGAUACGAGUACAAAGCUAAGGCUGACCCUGAUGUCGCUCUCUCUCUCCGGUCUGGUCCUGAGAGGGUGGGGGUGUUUGUGGACUAUGACGAGGGUCGGGUCUCCUUUUAUGACGUGGAUACUGCAGCUCUGAUCUACUCCUUUACUGGCUGCUCCUUCACUCAGAAGCUCCGCCCAUUCUUCAGUCCCGGUCUGAAUGAUAAUGGUAGAAACUCUGCACCGCUAAUCAUCACCCCCAUUGAUUAGACCGGCCCCACAGCACCAGAGUAAUGAGGUCAGGUUUCCCGGCCUUAUCCCAAACCACACUGUGAACUUGAAGCUCCUGUUGCUCGGUGCAUCCUCUGGUAUUCCAGUAAAAGAAUACUUGGAUUACUUGUGUUUCCUCGAGUUUCUAUAAGUAGAAUGGGAGGCAGCUCCCAGUUUGGCUUCAGGGGACAGACCCCCUCUCUACUUAAGACUCAGCUUCAAACUUCUCUCUUUCCAAAACAGUUGGGACUGGAUCAGGUGACUGAGCCAGCCUUUAGUUUCACUGCCAUACGCUCAGGCCGAGUGAAAGAUAAGCUAAGAUUAUUUGUGAAUUAUGUAACGCUACUCUAGAAAUGCGGAGCUGAUUGGGUCAAACCAACUAACUUCUUUUUGUCUUCUUCUUCACAUUAAAUCAAUAAUCCGA